AUGCAACAAAGAGAAAAGGAGACAUUCCGUGAAUACGCGCAAAGGUGGCGCGAAAUUGCAGCACAGGUUGUUCCACCUAUGGAAGAAAAGGAGAUGACGAAAGUGUUCCUAAAGACUCUUGAUACUUUUUAUUACGAGAGGAUGAUUGCAAGCGCUCCUACAGACUUUACUGACAUGGUAAACAUGGGAGUCCGUUUAGAGGAAGCAGUUCGAGAAGGGCGUCUAGUCAGAGAAGGAAGUUCAUCUUCAAGCGGGGCAAAGAGGUACGGCGGUUUUAUGAAAAAGAAGGAACAAGAAACUAAUGUUGUGUCCUAUAAUCAUCCAAGAAGGAUCAAUUAUCCUUACCAUUCCCAACACCAACAUAUAGCAGCCGUGACUCCAGUAAUCACUUCUGCUCCAGUUCAAGUCCAAUACCCUCAGCAGCGUACCAACCGCUUCCAACAGAAUACUCAGUAUCAGCAACAACAUCAACCUCAACAACAUCAACAUCAGUUACAACAACGUCCACCACAGCAGCAAAGAAGAACCAAUUUUGAUCCAAUUCCAAUGUCAUAUGCAGAAUUGUAUCCAGCUUUGAUCACUAAAAACCUUGUGCAACCACGACCACGACCUCUUGUACCAGAAGUGCUACCUUGGUGGUACAAGCCAGAGGUAUCUUGUCCCUUUCAUCAGAAUGCUCCAGGUCAUGACUUAGACAACUGUUUUGCUUUAAAGUUGGAAGUACAGAAGUUGACAAGAGCAGGUAUCCUGACCUUCAAGAACAUGGGUCCCAAUGUGAAGGACAAUCCAAUGCCAAGUCAUGGUCCUUCAUCAGUGAACAAUAUAGAAAUCUGUGGUACAUGUUCAGUCAAUUCAAGAGGUUGUAGGAAGAUUCAAGAUGAUUUGCAAGGCGUCCUUGAUCAGGGUUUGAUUCAGAUUUCUAGACAAGUGAGUUCUCCAGAAUCACAAGAACAAGAAGUGAAUGUCAUCAUUCCUUGCUUCAACAUUCCAGAGAAAGUAGAGAUAGCUUAUCAUCCGAGGGAGCCGGUGGUGAUUUGCCCUCCGGGCCCAAUGCCUUACACUUCAGAUAAAGCGGUCCCCUACCGCUAUGCAGCAACUAUUAUUGAGAACGGUAAAGAGGUCGAGAUUAAAACCUUAGCCUCAGUUACCAAUAUCGCAGCAAAUAGCCGAAUGACGCGCAGUGGCCGCGUGUUCGCUCCGCCGGUUAUCCCAAGUAGAAAUGUUGAGAAAGAUCCAGUAGUCGUGGUACCAGUGACAAGAGAAGCAGAAGGAGAAGCACUACUGAAGGUGCUUGAUCAAGCCUUUGUAGAACAGGAUAUAACAGCAGAGCAGUUCAACAAUGUUGUAGGCAGCAUCACUUCGUGCAAUGGCUUAGGCUUUUGUGAUGAAGAACUGCCAGAAGAAGGAAAGAAUCACAACUUCGCUCUCCAUAUCUCAGCCAAUUGUCAAGGGGAUUCUUUGUCUAAUAUCCUAAUUGACACCGGUUCAUCUCUGAAUGUCAUGCCCAAGUCUACCUUGUUGAAGCUAAAGUACAAAGGGGGGCAAAUGCGGCACAGUGGAAUUAUUGUGAAAGCGUUCAAUGGAUCAAGAAAAACAGUCAUUGGAGAAGUUGAUUUGCCUAUUGGUAUUGGACCUCACGUAUUCCAGAUCACUUUCCAGGUUAUGGACAUAGUGCCAGCUUAUAGCUGUCUGCUCGGACGCCCAUGGAUUCAUGAGGCGGGUGCCAUUACAUCCACGUUACACCAAAAGUUAAAGUUUGUCAAGAAUGGGCAAAUAGUGACGGUUAAUGGGGAGCAGGCUAUGCUGAUUAGCCACCUUUCAUUGUUUAGUGUGAUAGAAGUAGACGAGACGGCUGUUCAAACUCCAUUUCAGGCCCUGACCAUCGAUGAUUACAAGAAAAGUGAAGGUUCAAUCGCGUCAUUCAAAGACGCCCAGCAGAUUGUCAAGACAGGUCCUACAGAAAUGUGGGGCAAGCGGUGGGUUUAUCAACAUGGUAGCAGUGGAGGAGGAUACUUUUGA